AUGGAACUUCGCUUUGAGAAAGUCAACUACAGCAAAAUAAAAUGUUCUGUAAUUCUGGCAACGAAAAUUUUUCUAUCAUUCAUUAUCUUGUUAUAUUUUGGUGGAAGUCUUGUUCUUGGGAACAAAGAUAUUCCAUUUUGUCACAAGUUAUGGAACGACCUUGGAAACAAUUUGGCAGACAGGCGUGAACGAUGUUUGGAUGGAGAUCAAGAAAUUAACUCAUCUCGUUGUCAAUCAGAAAAAGAAUAUUUUGAAGAGAGGAGACUCAGACACAGACAAAUGUGUCUUUAUGAAG